GGUUGUUUGUUUUGAUCUUUGGAAUCGAAUAUUAAAACGUGGUUUUAAAUUGCGGUCGUGCGACGUGAAUUUUGAUUAGAGUUUGAAAUACAACAUUGAAAAACACUUGACGUUUAGAUUUUUCAGAAGUAAAUUGAGUUUUGAGUUCUAAAUUUUGAGUUUUGACGAAAUAUUUGAAGAAGCGAUGCAUGAUUUUAAAUUACACUGCAAUUGCAGUCCAAUGUGGUUGGAAAGUCUAUUACAUCAGCAAUAUUGUGGCCGCCAUUGCCGUUGUAGACCGCAAUUUAAAACCAUGAUUAAGAAGAAAUUUUGCGAUCAGAUGCGAUCAGAUGCGAUUGAGACUCGCAUCCGCAAUAUUGCAGCCGCCACUUGCUGAUGUGGAUUCAUAUUCACGGCUGCUUUAUCACUAAGCUGGAUAUUAUCUAUAACUACUAUGGUAUUAACAUACAACUUCCUCAAGGAAACCAAAACUAAAGCUUUGUUUGUGUAACUUGUCAACAACAUUCAAGUAUCUUUUGCCUUAUAAAGAGGAGACUCAGUUUGUGAAGAAAAGCCAAACAUGGUAACAUAAACAUUGGGUGAACCAAACCAAAGAAUAUCAAUCAUCAAUAGUAACAUAUAAAUGAAAAAGGAAUAUCCCUUUCUUGUUGUGGCUUCAAUCCAAAGCCAUCCCUUUCACCCUUUUUCUCCUUCCUCAAAACUCACAUAUAAAAUACUUUCUCCAAAUUCUUAUUCAUUCUUCCUGAACAAUAAACUCCAACUUCCAUAUAACCUUUUCAUCUCCUCCAUAUCAUGUCCCUCACGGGCCGGCCUCGUGUUAUCGUCAACGGUGUUCGAAGAAUGAGAACCUUUCAUUAUUUCUGGUGUCUCAACUGCCAACGUACUGUCAGAAUACCAUCAACUAAUACUUUUACAGAUUAUGGCUCUUUCUGUCCAUAUUGCUUCCAUCAAUUGCGAUAUGAACUUGAUAUAUCAAGGCCAAGGCUUCUCAUGAAUGAUCCUAAUAACAUGAACCCUCCUCCUACUACUAAUCAGUUAAUGGGUAGCUUAGCUUUCAUUCUUGAUCCAUCUUUUAGAAGACAAAACAACACAACAUUACAGUGGGAAACCGAACAUGAACAUGAUCAAAAUCAAAAUCGGAAUCCACAAACAUGGAUUACACUUCGAUUCGUAAGACCAAUUCGUCUACCAAGGCCUAUUGUUCUACCGCCACCGCCACCGCCACAAAACUUGGUUCCUCGACUCAACGACAAUAACACCCCUUCAUUAGAUGAGCUCUUUGAUGGGAUGAUUCACAACAAUAGUAGACUAGGACCGCCUCCCGCGUCACCAUCGGCCAUUGAAGCCUUACCAAUGGUGAAAGUGACAGAAGCUCAUUUGGCAAGUGACCCGAAUUGUCCAAUAUGUAAAGAUGAGUUUGAAGUUGAUUUAGAAGUGAAAGAGUUACCAUGCAAACAUUUCUACCAUUGUGACUGCAUUCUCCCGUGGCUUCGCAUGCACAACACUUGCCCUGUAUGCCGCCACGAGCUACAAGGGAUUGAUAAUAGUAACAAUGCUAAUUACUACUCUUUUCACAAUGAAAAUGAGUACGACGUCGGAUUCAUUGGAUUUGAGGAACUUACAAGCAGCUUUAUCUGGAUUUGGAGCCAAUUUACUUCGAUUUGGCCUAUCCGUGCAGUCCUAGAUUGGACGCGAUCCCGUUUCAAUCACCAUGCCCAAGCUCGUACUAGAAGUAACUCUUGGUGGCGAGCAUUGCUCAUUCCGUAGCUUCGUCUGUGAGAUCUCAAACUGAAGCCUGCCUGGUUUAUAAAUUAUGAUGUUGGAAUUAUUUCAUUGGUUAUGGUAAUUCCUUUGCUUCACUAUUAUGUGAUGCUCAUUAGCAAUGCUGCACUAACUUAAUCUUUCAACAAUCAGGCUUUUGGCCAUUGUAAAGUGCAAAUUAUAAUUCCACUGGAACUUAGUGGAUAAGACUCAGGUGUAUAUAUAACAUAUGUGCAUGUCACAUGCAAAAAGUUACACUAAAUAAAUAUUUUAAAAGAUUGAAUGUUUUCUAUAUUGUUAUUAACACAUAUACUCAGAAUAUAUUCUAACCUGUAUUAUAAACAUUAUUAUU